GCGGUACUCUGCAUCCCCCGAGCGGGGCCGUGGGACCGGUCUCCACCGCCUCGCGGGGACGAGAAGAUGCUGCUCUCUCCGUGCUGUCACAAAACCCGGUGCCCGGCCCUGGCUCCUCGGGUCCUCCCCAGCAGCGCCCAGAGCCGGCGGUGAGGGGCGCCCGGCCUGACGGGGCACAGGCAGCCUCCCCGCCGAGGGCGACGGCUUUGGAAAGGGGUCAGUGCCCCUGGCAAGCGGCCCCGGCGAGCUUUGGAAAGGGGUCAGUGGAACAGGCGAGUGCCUGAGACCCUCCACACCGCCGGGACGGGGCCGGGCUCUCUCGAACCGCAGCGCCCGGCGUGCGGGGCCGAAGCAGGACUGGGGCCGGUGCUCAAGCCCGGAGGAGGGUUUUGCCGGCGGUCCGGGUGCCGGUCGCAAGGGGUCCCGGUUUGCACGACGCCCCGGUAGCAGAGCUGGCCGCGCUCCGGCGCACGGAACGCGGAAAUCCCCGGCGGGAGGAGCCGUGGGAGGGAAAGGGGAAUGGCCUAAACCGGGCAGCCGGCGGCUCGGCUCGGCACGGCACGGCACGGCACAGAACGGCUCGACUAGCCACCCGCCUCCUGCGCCGCUACGAUGGAGCCGCGAGGCUAUGGAUUUCUCUUUCUGCUUCAUCAUAUCCUGAGAGUUGCUGUUGCACUGGAGGAGGAGAUCAUUGUCAGUAAACUUGGAGACAACGCUACGCUGAGUUGCAUUUACCAAGGAAGAAAAUUGCCCUUAAAGAAUCUACGGGUAUAUUGGCAAAUAGCUGAUGAUCCAGAAGAGUGCUCAGUUGUACAUGCGCUGAUCUCUGGUCAAGACAAUGAAAGUGAACAGUGUAUUCAAUUCAAAAACAGGACUCAGUUAUUCUGGGAUAGAUUGGAAAGUGGCAAUUUUUCUCUGCUGCUACUAAACGUCAGCCAGAGCGAUGAACGUACAUACAAAUGUGUAGUCCUGCAGAAAACUGAAUAUAACAAGGUGAUUCACCAGGCAGAAGUGGUUCUCAGUUUAGCAGCUAGUUAUAGCCAGCCGAUACUCAGUGGACCGAUAAGAAACAGUGACAGCACUGGAGAGGAGGUGACUUUCAGCUGCAGGUCCGGCAAUGGAUACCCAGAGCCCAAUGUUUAUUGGAUAAAUAAAACGGACAACAGCCGCCUGCCUCCAUCAGAGCUGGAGAUCACCCCCCACGCUGAUGGCACUUACAGCGUUUUUAGCACGCUGAAGGUUAAAGCCACUUCUAACAUGCAAAUAGAGUGCUCCAUAGAAAAUAAAAUACUGCAGGAGAAUCUGUCAGCCAACUACACACACCUGAAGCAAAGCGAUGGUUCUGGCACAGAAAGUCACAAAAACCUGGAAAAAAAUGGACGAGGUGCUCAAGCAGCUGGCAUCGUUUCUAUUGUCAUACUGAUGGGUCUGCUAGCUGUUUUAACCUGCUGGCUGUGGAGACGGAGGUCCGCUAAACUAGUGUCCUACACAGAUGUCCAACCCAAUGAAGACAAAGGAGGACUCAACUCACCUGUCUAAAUGGCAAGUCUGCCAACAAUUUGGGCAGCUGGAGAUGUGUCAAGAGAAGCAUCACCCCCUAUCUUGAUGGCAGCAUUGCUUGUAAUACAAGUGACAGAUUUCUGCAGAGUGUAUCAAGAGAGAUGGCAAAAAAAGCUUCUCCAACACAAGAGACAGCAAAAUCUGCUGGAUUUCUGUUCCAGCCACUGUCUGUGUCCACAUAAGAGUUGUGUCGCCACACCAGCUAACCACUUUGGACAGUCCUCUUUGAUAGUCUGUCAGUGUUUUGAGCUCCUGCACAGGGGAAAGCAGUAAGCCUGGGACUUGGAUACUCUGUGCCAGGGAGCUGAAAGCUGGUGAGUGCCCAGUCUCUUGUCAUCACCGUCGAGGACUUUGUUAGUAGCAGAAGCCACCGCGUUUCAGGAGCAUGGGAAGUUCUUGCUGCUUCUCCUUACCCUGGCGAUGACUACUGAAUGUGAAGAAUAGCAGCUAAAAACCAAAAAACCCAAAAAAACUGAAGGACUCUCUGCAAAGUGAGAUUUGUGACCUUUUCCACUUUUAUCUCUCUACAGUACAUCCCUUCAUUGUCUUGUUUCACCAGCUGCAUGUUAUUCUGUACAGAACGAGGUAGAACAUUUUGACCCUGUCCUCCAAAAACAGGAGUUGCUAUGACAGGGUUAAGCCCUGAAUGUGCUAAUAUAAGGGAACAUGCAUUGUUUAAAUGCAUUCAAUAUCAACAUUUUGUUUUUUACCAAAUAUUCCACUGAAAAAGGGGACUUCCACUUUUGACAGAAGCCGGUGCAUACUGUGUGAAAGAACAGGCUGUGGAAAUCCGACCGAUUACAAAUAGUGCUCUCUGCUAUGUUAAUGUCGGGUUACCUAGACUUACCCUUUUCAGGAUGGAACAAAAACUGUGGUCAAGCUCUGCUUGAUUCAACUGGUCUUUAUUUAUGCACUCCCCUUUGGCUUCCAGAGAGGAUUUUAAACUGAAAUUUUUAAACUGAACCUCUCCUUCUGUCUCAUCCUUCCAUCAAAAACAAACAAGCAAAAGAGAGUGCAGAUUCUUGCAGAGUCCAUGAAUGUCCAGAAAGCCGAGAACUGCAGUUUCCUUAUGCCAGUGCCUUGCUGCUUCAGCCCCGAGUCAGCCCAGAACAACUGGUUGAAAAUUGCGAAGCAGUAAACUUUGCUGAUGGUUUUGAAAGGUUUUGAGGUUUUGAAAGGAGGAGGAAUCUAUGCUAGCUCUCUUGCCUAGGUGGGGCAGUUUUCCCCAUCCUGUCACAGGGGGUGGAGAUGAUGAUUUUAAAUUGAGCCCUGGAAUCACAUACCUUCUCCUGCACCAGUUGCUAGACUAAGAUUCUACCAUUUUUGUGAUUAACUCUCAGCCUUGUUUGUCCUACCUCUGUACAGGGGAGGCACUCCAGUGUCAACUGUGAGAUAGGACAUUGAUUUUUCAUGUGAAGAUCAGCUUUCAAAUGCCAGCCAAGCGAAAAUAAAUUUUAUUGUCCUGUUCUGCCAUCACACGGAAUCCAGAACCAUUUGGCAGUAGCACAGGUGGCUUUUGUCAAAGGAAUACCCCUCAGAGCAAGGAGGCUCCGAGUGGGGUAGCUGUGCACCACUGCUGCACCGGUAUCUGGUGGGAGGGCUGCACAGGCUCAGCCUCCAUGGCAUUUAAGAGAAGGAGCAGUUAAGAUCUCAGUUGCUGCAAUCUAGGCUUACUCACCAAUUUGAAUGGGUGAUAGGAUAGGGAACGGGGUUUUUAAAAAAAAAAAAAAAAAAAAAAAGCUAAGCUGCAACUACAUAAUUAAGCUUCUGUCUCCUGUUUAAAUUGUAAGUAACUGUGUACAAUUGUGUUUUUUGUAAAGAUGUUUUAUCUAUUAAUGUCAAAAAAAAUGUAUUGCAUAUUUGCUAAUCUUGAAUGAUGUCUGUGAAAUACUGGUUUAUUUAUUAAUUCCACUUUUGUCCUCUGUUUCCUUCCAAUCUACAACUGUAACAUACCCUAUCAGGUCGGGCAUUUAGCUCACAGUAUUUGUCCGAUAAGAUUACAGAGGUACCAUAAGUUACUUUAAACGUCAGCCUUUCCUUGUCUGUCUUCUCUCACACCCAUUAAUGCAGGUGUUAGAUAUUUUCUGAGUCCAUAUCUAGUCCUCAGUGAACCCUAAAGGGAAUUUGCUUGAAGAAAGCAUGCAAGCUUGCAGACACCUUAAAACUGUGAACAUCUGUGCAGAUGUGAAGGGUAACCAUUUCCUAGUGGUUCAGUAAGAAGUCCUGCAGACGUUUCCUCGCUAUCACAUGAAAUUGUUUUGCGCAGCCUUUUUGGCACUGCUGUAACUGACAGAAGCCUUUUGUAAAAACAGUUUUCCACAUUUAUGUUCUGCAACUGCACGAAGCUGUAACAGUUUAGAGAUGUAAGAAGUGACCUAGCUGUCGCUUCGCAAUGUGUUGUUAAGCUAAUUUAGACUGGUUGGAUUUUCUUACUUCUGGGCUACUUCACAGUGUGUACUGAAUACAUCUAAAUGUAACAGCCUGCUCUUGCAAAAUCCAUACUUUCAAUUGGUUUAGGUUUCCUGCUAUUUUUGGAGGCGAGUAAAUCCUAGAUGGCAGUUGUUUUUAGCAUUCAAAGGACUUGGGAAUUUUGUAAUAACAGAGUUUUUGUCAUCACAUACCAUGUUUAUAGUUUAAAUAAAAAUCUAUUCAAUC